ACAACAUCUUUUACGAUGGCAAGCGUGCCGGAGCUCCAAGACGCGUUCGUCGCGGGCGACCUCCAGACUGCGCUGGACGGCAGCCGCACGUGGCUCACCGCGUCGCUGCACCUCAACCCUGACCUCAUUGCGGCCUCAUCGUCCCUCGGCCUUCUCUGCGCCGACAUCAGCGUCGGCCUCGACGCGCCGCCGAUGGACCAGGACCUCGAGGCCACCAUCGCCAUCUUCAUGCAGUCCAUUUUCGAAGUCAAUGCAGUCAACGAACUUCUCUUGAUCGCUGAUGUUCUGCGCAUCACGUCGCCCAUUCCAUGCGAGCUUGGGCUCAUCUGGGCCUCGUUUCUCGCGGCAAUGUCCGAGACCACCGAAGCCGACAAGUUCUUGACACGGACCCUCGAGACGCUGCGGGCGGGCAUCCUGGCGGACCCCUUUCGGGCCGAGGACCUCACUGCUCUGUAUGAGACUGCGUAUGAGAUCCUUGUCUCCAAGGUCUUCCUGGCCGACACGACUUGCGAUGUGCGAGCGAUCCUGCGGCGGAUCGACGCGGACAAAGUGCUGCGCGGCAGUGCCAAGGCGUCUCUUGGUGAGCUCCUGGAAUCGAUCGAGGCACCGACGGUAGCGCCACAAGCGCCCUCAACAGCACCCUCGAAGGCAAACCGCUCGCCCCGCCCGUUGCCCGUGCGGACACCCGCCGCUCCGCACUCGGUGCUGACCGACACAUCGACGCAAGUCAUGAUCGGCGCAGUUGCCGUCGCGGCCGUGUGCGCGAUCAAGUACCGGUCGCAACUCCAAGCGUCGGCGCACGACGUCCUGCAAGCGCUCGGCGACAUCAAGGGCAUGCUGCUUGGGUAAGCCUCGCAUGGAUUUUUUUAAAUAGACGCUUUUGCCGUACUACAACACUUUGG